CUAUCAGGUUCGCAAGAAUACUGAAGUCCAAAGGCAUUCACAUUAUCACUAUCGGUGUUGGCAAGCUCAUUGACAAAAACGAGCUAACCAGAGUAGCUUCGAGCCCUAACAGUACAUUUUUUACAGCCAGCUAUGAUGUUCUUGAGUAUAUAAAGUCAGAUCUCGUCGCAUACACUUGCGCUGGUUAG